AAAUGCCAAAAUUGUUUGGGUUAUCGUUUACUUGGAUUGAUUGUAAAUACGAAUAAAUACCGAAAAACAGCUAAAAAUAAAAAUAUUGUAUAUAUAGUGAAUAAAUAAAUACUGUAAUACAAGUAACGGAUCCAAAAAAUAAACAAUAUUCGAAAGAAAAUUCAAGAAUUUUAGUCAACUCAAUUUUCUCCCAAACAUUUUACUUUGAAAACGAAAUAUAAAUAAAAUAAUUAUUUAUUUAACAAAAGUCUAAUAGAUAUGUCAUUAAAGAAUAUAUAGAUGUAUAAAUAAGUGCAAUAAACCUAUACUUUGUAACAGAACAGUGUAUUUAUUACAAAAAUAAUAUAAUUGUAUUUUUUUAUUUAAAAUAAUGGAGAAACUAGCGCUUUGUAGGAUAUGUUUAACGGAAAACGUACGCAUGUAUUUAGUAGCCGAUAAACAGCUGCAGGAACUAUAUGAAAGACUGACUAAUACUCCAUUUGUAACUGAAGACAGCAGACCGAUGUUGGCAUGUUUCUUCUGUUACGCCAACCUGAAAAAAUGCUGCUAUUUCAUGAGGAAGUGCCGGGAAGCUGAGGAGGUGUUCCAUCAGAUGCUCAACAGAGAUUAUGAACAAAAACCGCCAAAAAUUAAUGGCUUACCCUACGGUGGUUACAUCAGAACUGCUAUACAACACAUAGACACUACUGACUUGGACACCGGACACAUCAAGCAGGAAGAUGAGACCCUCAGAGCUGAUCUGGGGAUGAAGCAGGAGUCUCAUGGUGAUGAAGUAUCUCAAGACAUAGACAACACCUUCUCGUUAUCAGAAGAGUGUCCCCAGCAUUCGGAUUCAGAAGAUGAUUUACCUCUAAUGAAGUUUAAGACAGAAGCGGAAGAAGAUAAAGAUAUUUUACCCAAGAAGAGAAUUAAGAAGAGAGUUCGAAAACCGGACUGCAGUGAAAUAAUACUGUCGAAAGAGGAACAAAUACAGAAUCUGCAGGCGCGCUCCAAGUCUACGAACUAUGUGAACUCUCCGUACAAAUGCAACUACUGUUUCAAAGGAUUCGUCGACGUCCGGGCUUAUGGGAACCAUAAGAUGAAACAUGAUGUGCGCAGCGGCCCCCACAUAUGCGACAUCUGCCAGAUGCGCUACCGGUCCGUGCAACUUCUGCGCACGCACGCCAACAACGCACACGUCCGGAUAUACAAGUGUAACAAGUGUGGCUACGUGUCGCAUACUGGAAAUCAAGCGCGGAUUCAUGAGAAAUGGCACAACGGACAUACGUACGAGUGUCAGCUAUGCAGUCAUACAUUCAGAAAGCCGACCUCCUAUCUAUCGCACAUGAGGAAGCGCCACCCUACGGAGCACGUCUGCAAUAUAUGUGGAGACAGCUUCGUGGGCAAACACGGGCUGCAGAUGCAUAAGAAGAAAACGCAUGUGGACUGCGAAAAGAUGACAGAUCCCGACAAUCCCGACGACCCCGCCACGGGCAGGUUCUGCAAGGAGUGUAACAUACAGUUCUACAACCUGGACGCUUGGAAGCGGCACAUCUUGAGCUCCAUCAAACACACGCUGAAGACUGAAGAGAGCACAAACUGCUCAAUAUGUCAGUGGAAGUAUACAGGUAAUGUGUCGUUGGAGACACAUAUGAAGGACCAUGCAAAAGCUAUGAGGAGGUCGCGCAUCCCUCCCACUGGGAGCAAGGAGAGGAACUUUAGGUGUCAACAGUGUGGAUCCAACUUCGUGACGCGCUCGAAACUACAGAGCCAUAUAAACAGGACACAUUUGGGGCUCAAAUACAAUAAGAAUAUUGUAUGCGAAGUAUGUGGGAAGAAGUGUACGUCAAACGCAACGCUGAAAUAUCACCAGCGAACGCACACAGGAGAGAAGCCAUACUCCUGCUCGUCUUGCUCCAAGCAUUUUGUGGACAGCAACCAGCUUCGUAUACAUACACGGACACAUACUGGAGAGAAACCGUAUGUGUGUGCUGUAUGUGGCAAGCGGUUCAGUCAGAAACCGGCUCUAAAUCGACAUUAUAGGGUACACACUGGUGCGAAACCCUACACCUGUCAAUAUUGCUCUCGAACAUUCAGCCAAUCAAAUUCGCUGAAACUACAUGUCAAGACUGUUCAUUUAAAACAGCCAGCGAACAGAAAGAGUAAAACAAAGACUUCUUUUGAAACGAAAAUUGAGAAGAACGCUGAGAAUCAUGAAAAUACUGAAGAAUUGCAGAUUGAUGGGACUUUGCAGGCGAUACGAGUUUUCACACGAUGAUUACAAAAUGAAAAUGAUAAGCUUGUAUAUUUUUUUAUAAUAAUUGGUUGUAAUUCCAACUGCUAUAUUAUUCUAUACUAAUUCAUUUAUUUAUUCUAGUAUUCUUCUUAACAAAUAUAUAAUUCGAUUCUCAACUCAGCUUUCCGGCCGAAGUCUCGGGCGUAUGGUCAAAAUAAAUAAUAAUUACAAUAAUGUAUCUUUUCAUAAAUAUUGUAAUCACAGUGCUUAUUUUUGUUCUAUAUGUCAAUUGAAAUUA